AUGUCAAAAACCCAGGAGAGGAUUAUUCAGGCAUCUCCUCCUCUGGACGGAGGGCAUCGACUAUUAAUGAGACGGAGGAGGGAUUCAGAUUUCCAGAGCGGCUCCUGGCUCCGCAUCAGAGCUCUGCACCGUUCAAGAGUCGACUCUGGGGAGCAGGAGGAUUCAGGUGCUCCUGUCCUGAAGUUCCUGAGCGUGAUGUCCCCGAACAAUCCCCUGAUACCGCAGCCGGCUGUGCUGAACACGGUUCUGACGGGUCCAAAGUCAACAACAUGGAGGAUGAUUCAUCAAAACAAAGACGAUCACAGUUAGUUCAUCUGAGGAUGAGAGGCCCUGUUGACACUGUGACAGUUUCUGAGGGUGUUUGAGUUUAGGAACCGGAUUAUCAAAGUGUUUCCAAAAACAGAUAAAAGUUCUCUGAUCAAUGAAAUACCAGAAGGAGAACCAGAACACACACGACUUUAUUCCAGGAACAAUAAAACUUUAUUCUAGAAAAACAAUAACUUUAUUCCAACAUCAUCAUGACUUAUUUCAGUUUUAUUGUGAUUUUAUUCCAGUAACAUUAUGACUUUAUUCUACUAUCAUUUUGAUUUUUUUCAGAACAAUUGUAACUUUAUUUCAGUACAAUUGUGAUUUUAUUUCAGUAUCAUAAUAACAUUAUUUCACUAUUAUAUUGACUUAAUUACAGUUUUAAUAUGAUUUUAUUACCAGUAACAUAAUGACUUUAUUUUACUAUCAUUUUGAAUAUAUUCCUUUAUCAUUAUGAAUUUAUUCUAGUAACAUAACGACUUUAUUCCAGUAUUAUAAUGACUAUAUUCCACUUUUUAAUGACUUUAUUCCAAAACAUUAAAACUUCACUCUAGAAAAUCGAUAACUUUAUUCCAAUAUCAUCAUGACUUUAUUUCAGUUUUAUUAUGAUUUUAUUCCAGAAACAUUAUAACUUUAUUCUACUAUCAUUUUGAAUAUAUUCCAUUAUUAUUAUGACUUUAUUCCAGUAUCAUAAUAACAUUAUUCCACUGACAUUAAAACUUCAUUCCAGUAUCAUAAUGACUUUUUAUUUGUUUAUAUAACACCUAUAAUGAGGAGACUUCGGUCCUCUUAAAGCGCUCUGUUGUUAAAUUUGUGACAUAAUCACAUAUUUUCCCUCAAACACACGGAGAGUUUUCAGGCUGCGUGAGUCGACCUCGGUGUUAUAACGCCAUGACUGCUGCGCUCAGGAAUGGAGCACACAUACUUUCCCUUGAUUACAGAUACCUAUCUUCUCUGUCUCUGCGUCUUGAUGAAGAAAACCCUCCUGCAGCAACAGCUGAGUGAAACAAGCCGGGGACGAAUGUGGAACCAAACGGAGGAGAGGAAAAAUGAAAGAAACAGAACUUGAACUCGGCCCCUGCAUCUGUUGUUUUUUCCAAAGUUCUAGGAAAGCUGUAGAACGGGAAGAAGGCCGACUGGAUCCUCCUCACUUCUCCUCCUCCUCCUCCUCCUCCUCCUCCUCCUUUCAGCCCAGACUUCCUCCGUGCUUCCACUGACCCCUCCUCUUAAAGGCGAUGCUAAAAACACUGGAAUAAGCAGCCAAACCAAACAAUGCUGGGUCCCAUUGCUAAGCAGAGUCUAGAAGGACUGGGCCGGCCUCCAAGCCUGUGGUCACUGGAAACACUGGUGAAUGCUGGGAUAAUACGAGGCUUUUACAGAAGCAGCACCCCCUCCCUCCCUCACUCUCUCUCUCUCUCUCUCUUCCACCCACUUCUACACACUGAGCGUGCACACACACACACACACACACACACACACAGAUUUGCUCAUGGUUGCCUCCUUUAUUGCUGCGUUCUGAUGCAACAGCAGCUGCGGCGGCUCAUCUGUUGAUCAAACGCAGCGUGAGCGCUCACAUCGCAGCGUGUUGGCGCCCUCAGCGCUGAUGAAAGAGUCGGUGCGGCGGUCCCAGAGGUGAGCUCACCUGUCCGGAGAGAGGUCAGGCUGCGGCUCUGCUACUGUAUGAGGAGGCUCUGCUGUCUGCGCAGGACUCCGUCCAAUCAAUGGGCUGCGAGUUCAUCCUCUAAUUACUGCAGCGGGCGCCCUCGCCUCCUCUCUGCUACUUAUCAAUAACACACUUCCUUUUCUUCCCCGGGAGCCAUAAAUCUUUGGUGCUGAGCCUCCUUCAGCCUGCGAGUAAACGGCCUAGAGGAAGCCUGGACACAUGUGUUAACAAUCGCUGACAGCUCUGCACCCAGACCUUCCAGCUCGCCACCGCCACCGCCGCCGCCGCUGCUGCUGCUGCAGAAAAAAGAACAUUUCUGUGUUUUUGACUCUUCGCUGGUUUCUCUGUUUUACUGUUGCACUUCCUCUUUCCUCCCUCUUCUCUCCUCGGCUGUUCUGCUCCGUCUCCCCCUCCCUCUGCUGGAGAUAACCUGUGGGUCCUGGAUGAAGGGAUUCAGAGGACGGGAAAGUUUUCUGUUUUUAGUAAAGGUAGGAGGAAGGACAGGAUGGCGCUGGCUGCGGCGUGGAGCUGUUGGAUUUAUCAGCAUAUGGAGGGUGGGGGUGUCAGGGAGAGAGUGACGCAGGAGGAAAACCCACCCUGAUAGACGAGUCCUGAUUCAGAGACCAACAUGAUGGAGACAGACGGAGCAUCAGGAACAAACAGAGUUAUGUAAGAGGUCUGAGGAGGGCCGGGGCGAUACGGGAGAGAGUUUAUCAGGAUAUAUUAUUAUCAAUAUCAGCUGAUAUGGAUCAAUAUCAGCUGAUCUAAAAAUCUAACAGUGUUUCUUGGUCUCAUGUCUUUUCCAGCACAAUAAUCUCCUGCAUCUGUGAGGUCUUUGUGUCUCUUUGGCGUUUUGUCGUAAGGCGUCGCUCUAGAGAAAGCCGACUGAAUGGUCGUCUGUUUCAGGCGCCAUGGGCUCCUCGCUCCUCUCGGGGUUUGUAACCUUUUGCGUUGCGCGUGCUCUGCGGCGUGGCGCUGCUUCAGGUGGUGAAAAAGAUUUGAGGUAUUCCCCGACUUUGUGAGAACAUGUACUCGACAUAAUUUACAGUCCACAUUACUCUGCUUCAUGUCCGACCUCCAAAAACCAAAAUACCUCCACACCACCGACGUUUUCCUAACGCCAGUGUUGUGGUUGACAUUGAUGUGGUCAUCUGUUGAGCCUUCAUGGUCAUUUCUGUCGGGGGUAGCACUCAUUUUCUUUGUUUCUCACCAACAGUGCUGUCGGCUUCACCUGUUAAAGUGCUAUGGUUGGGUGGAGCUGCUGUCUGCUACCACGCUGCAGUUGGUUGAUACUUGGUUCUAAUUCAGAACAUGAUUGGUUCAGACCCGGAGAAACUCCCCUUUUCAUUGGCUGUUCGUAUAGUCGACCAAAACAUGUCAGAAUGACGACUAUUGAAAAGGAUAUUGAUCAUGGUUUAUAUUGAUAUUGAGGGAAAUUAAUUUCUGUUAUGUAUCGUUAUCGUUUGAUCAGGCCUUGGUCUAAGUAACCCCACGAGUUACCAGAGUCCAAAGACAGGAGACCGCCGUGAGGUCAGGGACUGAAACAGCAGCUGAAAGGAGGCGGCUCCUCCUCCUCCUCCUCCUCCUCCUCCUCCUCCUCUGAACCUCAGCUCUGCGUUUCCAUGCAGACACACGGCGUCUCACUCGGUCGGCCUCUUUCUGGGUCCUUUUUUUCACGUCCUUCCCUUCUCUGCCCCCUUCAGACUCAGACAGGCCUGAACAAUGAGCUUGUGCAGGUUGAGCAAUUCCAACAUCCAGGUGACGCUCCCCAGACACAUCCAGCCUGCUGUCCUCCAGCCCACAGCUCCUAAACUCAAACAGGGUGUGGCAAUCUCAUUACCGGCCUGUCCUCUGCUGUCUGCUCUCUCUCGGCGCUUCGCUCGGAGAAGAGGCGUUCGGCGGACAGGUGGGGCUGAAGGCGGGGUGACGUGCAGAGGUACGGCGCGCUGAAACUUGGAUCUCAGAGAGCGGGUGGAGGAUGCAGCUGAUGGAGGUCACGCUCCUGACGUGUGUCAUUGACGCCUUUAACACGGAGAGCCGUUUUCUGCAGACACAGAAAAUCUCUCUGUUUACAACCGUCAGCUGAGAGUCUCCGCCUGUUAGAGGGUGGAGGUUCUCUGUCCGCUCCACCUCUGCAGAGUCUCCUUCAGAUCAUUGUUUGGUGUAAUGUCCCUUUAGAGCUGAAGUUCAGAGCUCCUGUUAACAGGUUUUUAUUUUCAGGUGAUGGUGCAGAAUAA